AGGAACCAUCGCACCAGUCGUCCCCGAGCUCUUCUCGAAAGCGCUUGGCUUGUGCCGCAAGGGACUGUUGUCGUCGCUUGAGCUUCCUUCCUGCCGCUGCCGGGCCCGAGUUUUCCCUAUUUUAAGUUCACUUAGACGUUUCUCUUGGUUUUCCUUCUUGUGCUUCCUUCCGACACCACUGCGACGAAAUGGAGAACGGCGCGCCACAGAGAGGACGAGGGGGGCCAGUGCGCGUUACCAAGACUCCCGAUGGCCGAACGGUGCAGAGUUUCCGCUCGCAUCCCAUCUACGGCUUUGAUAAAAUCAAGGAAAAGGUGAUGACAGAGCUGAACUGCCCACAAAUGGAACUCCCCCCCUUGGAUACCUCCGAGAAGAAGUUUAAUGCCCAGAGUCGUUUGUUUGUUGGAAACCUACCAAGAGACAUUCCCUAUGAAGAACUCAAGGAAUUGUUUUCUAAAUAUGGAGAACUUGGACAGGUGUACUUCAACAAGGAUGGGGCAUAUGCUUUUAUCAAUUUUGAUUACAAGGCCAAUGCAGAGAAAGCCAAAACAGAAUUGCAAGGAAAGAUGGUCAGGAACCGCCCAAUGAAGAUCCGCUAUGCCUCGGUUACAACGGGUGUGAAAGUUAAAAAUCUUACUCCAUACGUGUCCAAUGAACUGUUGCAUAAGUCCUUCUCGGUCUUUGGAGAGAUUGAAUCUUGCCGCGUGAUUGUUGAUGACCGUGGGAAAACUACUGGCGAUGGUGUGGUAGUAUUUUGUGAUAAGAAGGGUGCCACAAUAGCUUUGAAGAAGUGUCAAGAGGAGUGUUACUUCCUCACAAGGUAUGAAAUUUGUAGACCUGUACCGGCGUUUUGCUACCUGGUAAGAUUUGUUUCCGUUUCCUCAUUUAUCAUAUUCUCAGGGAACUGGUGUAAAGUGAAGCAACCUUGUAUGGACUGGCCAUCUGGGUUUUAUAAUUUUUGGAGGGAUGAGGGUGAGGGAGUGGUGCUAGAGGCUCCUGUCAAAGCACUUGAUAUGAACAUUAUUGGCUCCUUGCAGUUUUGUAUUGUUACCCCACUACCGCCGGUAUAUUUUGAAGCCGAAAGUAAUAGUUUCAGGGCGCCUUCAAAAUCAGCACGUGGGGCUGGCCUGGAAUCUGCCCGCGUGCUGGCCGUGGCCCGCAAUGGAAUCAGAGCACAACUCCGUCAGCGUCACACCGGCGGAACGCCGCAAAUAUUUAUUUAUUUAUCUGGUGUGUCUGUGUGGAAACCCAAAUGGGUUAAGUAUGUUUAUACCAAUGACUCAGAAUCGACAGUGCAUUUCAAGCUGAAAAUAUUUUCUGGGCAGCUUCAAAAUUAUCUCGCAGGCGAGUUCGGGAACCUGUCUGCGCGCUGCCCGCCACGGGCGGCAAAAUCAGAGCACAAGCUCCGAUGUAGCACCGCACUGGCAGGACGCCUGGGGUAUAAGUCCUCAGAAAACUCGAUGCACAAGAAUGAUGUGUACAGAAAUGAACGCAAAGAAGGCCCAAGAUUUGCUGAUAGAAAUUCCUUUGAAUUUGAGUACGGGAUGAGGUGGAAGCGCCUGUAUGAAAUGUAUAAGGAGAAGAAAAUGCUACUCGAGUCUGACCUCCAGGCAGAGAUGGAACAGCUGGAGGCAAGAUUUGCUCUAGUGCGACAUGAGCACGAGACUGAAAAGCUUCGAAGAGAGUUGAUGGCUCGUGAGGCAGAAGCAAUGCAAAUGGGAAGAUACCGCCAGUCAAGCAAUUAUCAGGACCGCUACAUGGGAGGCUCGCAGGAGAACCGUUACUCUGACUACCACGGAAGUGCUCGUCCAAAUGAAAGAUAUCAACAACAAGCACCACCAAUUUCCAGCGAGGACAGGUACAGCCAAGGGCCACCCAGUGAAAGAUACCCACCUAGCACACCAGAGGACAGGUACCCUGCAGCACGCAGCAACGAGUAUCCGCAACAAGGUGGUGUCAAGAGAGAGCCUGCCGCUGAGGACUUUGACCUGAAACGUACACGUUACUGAGGUCUGACGAAGCUCCUUCCACCUGUAGAGCCAGAAUGAGUGUCUGCAGUGUACAGGGAUCCUAGUGUACUUGUAUUCACUUUUUUAUAUAAACAAAGCAAAAGCAAAAACAAAAACAAAAAUCUCCCCCUCCCCCUCCCCAUUUUACCAUUUUGGGACAAGAUUGAUCAAGCGGGACAUAUUCAGAGCAAAAAGAGAGAAACCCAAAAUUUCAGGUACUUGCGAGUAUUCUGUGCUAUCAGUUACGACACCCCAAAAGUGUUUCUAUUUUUGAAAUGUUUGCACAAGUGUCCAGAGGUUAAAUGUGAAGUAUUCCAAAAAUAUUUUAACAGCAGUGUAGUCCUUACAAAAUUUACGUGUAAGCCGAUGAUGUAAAACUGAAUGGGGUUAAUAGUUGUAUCUUAUAGAUACUGUAAUAUGACAGGAUUCUGGACUAAUUCCUACACAGGCUAGCUGAAAGAACCAGGCACUUUUGUGUUGAAAUAGUGUUCUUAUUAAUCACUGGCUUCUCGGUUUAAAGGACAACUGAUCCACUCAGGUUGUUUCAAAAGGCUGGGCGUUUUAUUCUUUGGAAUUCAAUAUUUUAUUUAACUAAAAGCUGCAUUGAAUUCUUCAGAUGUUUGCUAGAAAUUGGCUGAGUGAUUGACCAUGUACACAGUGCCAUCAGGAGAUAUUGAUGACAUUGAACAAAAUAUAUAUUUUUUUCUAUGUACAUUCAGUGGUCUUAUAUUUAAUUACUGUACCUAGGUUAGUGUUUGGGUUAACAUAGUAAUGCAUUAAUGAUUUAGAUAAACAAAAUCGCCACAAGUUGUUCUUUGAUGACCAGAUAUAUACAAAGUAAAGAAGUGGGGUACAAGUGCAAGCACUAGUACUCUCUCACAGUUGUGUGCACACCAACUCUUCUCUCACUCACACACACACACAUGCUCAUGCACACGCGCACAUAUAUAUGUUCAUAAAUACUACAUACAUACAUAUUGGCAGUACAGUUGUUAUCAGGGAGCAACUAGUGUUGGUGGCAGAGAAUAUUAUGAUUUACAGUUAAGUAAGAUGAUUAAUGAUAUUGUCCUAUAUGUAAGAAAAUUUUGUAUCAGUGUUUUGCUUGUGAGUUGCUGUAUCAUUAUUGUCUUGGUGAUGAAACAUGAUAGGAGCCACUUUUAGGGACGCCCCCGCUGAGACGUUGGGUCCGGCUGAGCGUCACGGUGUGUGGAAGUGAAGUUUCUUGGUUGGUGUUUCUUGGAGAUUAACCAAUGUCUUAGCAGUGAGCUUAACCAACCAGAAGCUCGGCGAAGGGUUUAGUGAUGCUAUUCCUUAAAUGUAUUAAAUUAUUUGUUAUAUUACUUCAUGGUCAGGCUGCUGGCAACUUGGAAGUUUUGUGGAGGCUGAUUCUGCGGCAUCCCCAAGAAUUGAGGAAUUACUUGUAUUUGUGGUAUUAAAAUCCAGGAGAAGAAUACAUUAUGGCCGCGACCAUACAGGUAAAUGUAGAGUUAACUACAAGUAGCAGUUUGGCUGUAUAAGUGAAAUUGCAUGGUAUGAUGUCCAGUACAAAUAUUUUGUACAUUUCCCCUUUUUUUUUUUUGUAAAGAGCAUAUAGGACCAACAACCUUUAUAUCUACUUUUUAUUACGUGAGAAUCUCUUUGAUUGGCACUAAAAAAUGACAGCUGUGCAGUUCCACAACCUAUCAAAUAAAUAAGAUUUUUUAA